AUGGCCCUCCCGACCAGCCUCCCCGUGCUCUCCCUCGCCGACCUGGACGCCGGCGAGGCGCAGCGUACAGCCUUCAUCAAGGACCUCGCGCACGCGACGCACGCGUACGGCUUCUUCUACUUGACCAACACGGGCCUUGCGCCCGAGCUAGAGGCGCGCCUGCCCGCGCUUGCGCGCGAGUUCUUCGCGCUCCCGGACGCGGCCAAGCUCGAGAUUGAAAGCAUCAACUCGGCCCAGUUCCGCGGGUACACGCGCCUCGGGGGCGAGCGGACCAAGGGCGCCGUCGACUGGCGGGAACAGAUCGACAUUGGCCCCGAGGGACCCAACACGGACGCGGAGGCACCAGCGCGCGAGGCGGCCGGCGCGCCGCCCCACCUGCGCCUGCUCGGCCCGAACCAGUGGCCGUCGGCGCUGCCGUCGCUCCGCCCCGCGGCGGAGGAGUGGAUCGCGCACCUCACCACCGUGGCGUUCAAGCUCCUCUCGGCGUGGAGCGUCGCCCUCGGCCAGCCAGAAGACUACUUCACGCAGUGCUGGGGCGAGUCGUUCCCGCUGCUCAAGAUCGUGCGCUACCCCGGCGCGACGGACGAGAGUGCCGCGCGCGCACAGGGUGUCGGCGCGCACAAGGACGCGGCGUUCGUGACCCUGCUCUGGGUCGAGCCGGGCGCCGACGGCCUCCAGGUCCAGCUUGGGGAAGAGGAGGCCGACGGCAGCGGCGGCGUGUGGGUCGACGCGCCGCCCGUCGAGGGCGCGUUCGUGGUCAACAUUGGCGAGAUGCUCGAGUACGCCACGCAAGGCUACCUCAAGGCGACGCGCCACCGCGUCGUCGCGCCCCCGAACGGCCGCGACCGCCUCUCGCUCCCCUUCUUCUUCAAUCCCGCGCUCGACGCCAAGAUCCCGCUCGUCAACCUCCCGCCCGAGCUGCAGGCCAAGGCGCGCGGCGUGACCCGUGACCCCACAAACGCAAUCUACCCGACGUAUGGCGAAAACCAGAUCAAGAGCAGGCUCCGUGCGCACCCCGACGUCUCGGAGCGCCACCACGCCGACCUGCUGCUCAAGGCCAAGGCGGCCGGCGAGAACAUGAGCGGCGGCGCGUACGCCUAG